GGAGGAGGAGGAAGAGGGGGAGGAGGAGGAGGGGGAAGAGAGGGAGGAGGCGCGCAUGCGCGCUCCGCGCUCGGCACAAGCCAAAGUGCGUCAACUCUUGUUUUCGGAUCUGAGGAGUUUCUCCUGCGGCUGUUGAUGUGAUGUCGACGGGAUAUGAUCGGAGAUGAACGAAGACGCAUUUGAGGUCCCGGAGAGGACGGAGUACCGCUACCUGGUCCAGGAGGAGGCGGAGGAGGAGGUGCAGUACGUCCGUCACAGACACUACAUCAGCCCCUUCCUGGUUCUCUCGCGCCGCUGCAUCGUCCUCAUCUGCCUCGGCGUGCUCGGCCUGCUCGCGCUCGCCACCUACCUGGGCUACGUGGCCCAGACGCUGCCGCCGGGUGUCGCCCAGGUGUCCACGGACUGUGGGACGUUCAGAGGACGACGCAAAAAUGGGGCCUACUCCUUCAAGGGCAUGCCCUACGCCGCGCCGCCCCUCGGCGACCUGCGCUGGGCUCCUCCGGCGCCGCCGCCGCCGCGCUGGAGCGGCGUGACCGACGCCGGCCGCUUCCGCAGCAUGUGUCCCCAGGUGCGUCCGGCCUCGAGCGCGGGGAGGGUCCUGGGCCAGGAGGACUGCCUCUUCGUCAACGCGUGGACGCCCACGCUGCGGCCCGGCGCCGCGCUGCCCGUGGUGGUCUGGAUCCACGGGGGGCGCCUGCUCACGCUCAGCGGAGGCGAGCCGGGCUACUCGCCCACGGAGAAGCUCGCCGCCGACACGGGCGUCGUCUACGUCAGCUUCAACUACAGACUCAACGCAUUCGGCUUCCUGGCUCUGGAGAUGCUGAGGGAAGGUUCUCCGACAAACACCUCAGGGAACUACGGCCUCAUGGACCAGAUCGCGGCUCUGAAGUGGGUCCAGAGGAACAUCCACGUGUUCGGAGGAGAUCCUGGGAAAGUCACUAUAUUUGGACAGAGCUCAGUUGCAGCCCUGAUGACGUCGCCGCUGGCGAAGGGUCUGUUCCACGCCGCGGCCGACAUGAGCGGCAUGUUCGUCCGCAACGUGACGCUGAAACGGGCCGAGUCCGACAACCUGGCGUUCGUGAGGAAGACGAGCUGCAGAGACGUGAGCUGCCUCCGACGCCUGUCGGUCCGACAGGUGCUGCAGGCUGUCCCGUGGCAGGAGUUCCCCUCCUGGGCAGCGGACGAGAUGACUGAUCUCCCCACCAGGGGGCGCUUCAUUGGCUCGGUGGCGGUGGUGGACGGGUUCGUCCUGGAGGCUCCGCCUCUGGAGGUGUGGGGGGCGAAGAAGGGAGGCUACAGCGACGUCCCCUUCCUGGUCGGGACCACGGAGCAGGAGGUCGACUUCAGUCCGACGGCCACGAACAUCUCGGCGUGGACGUGGGGCGACUAUCACUGGUUCGUCACAGAGAAACUUCAGUCGUUCAGUGACGAUCUGGCUAAAGACGCGUUGGAACUGUACCCGAGCUCCGCCCCCUGUCCCACCACGGACCGCUGUCCGGAGAGGUCCUUCACCACCAUGGUGUCCGACAUCAGGGUCACCUGUCCCAGGAACCAGUUGGCUCGGAGCGCUGCAGCCGCUCUGAACAGCCCCGUGUAUCGCUACGUGGUGACGCACACGCCGUCCGGACCGGUCAACGCCUCGUCCGCGGGUCUUAUGCCGUUCGCCAGCCGCUUCUCCUUCCACCGCCUGGACGCCGUGGCCUUGUUCGGAGGCCUGGAGUCGGUCCUGGGGAGGCGUCUGUCCGAGGACGACCGGAGCUUCACGCGUCUCGUCACGCGGAACCUCGUCAACUUCGCCAGAACAGGUCAGAUGGAGGAGGCGUGGCCCGAGUUCCCAGCAGCCACUGCUCUCCUGUCCAGCAGCCUGUCGCUGGCUCACAACUACUCGUCCGCUCGCUGUGAGCUGUGGAGGGACAGCGGCCUGUUGGCCUACGCCUGGUGAACCUGAGGUGACCUCACGUCGACGCGUCUCCGUCUCUCCUGCAGCAGCCGGUCACUUUCAGAGCCAAACAGGAAAUAGAACAUUUAGUUGGUUUGAAGUCUGAGACGGAACCUUUUAUUGUUGUGGAAUAAAACAAACUAAAAGACGUCAGCUCAAAAUGUAAAAAAGAAAAGGUGCCGUUCACGUUAACGUGACUCAAUGUGCUUAAUGUAGGAUAAAGGAUUUCAGGUUUUAUUUUUUCACAGGUGUGAGUGUUUAUGACGAAGCAUAUCUGAGAGAAAUUUGGUGAUUAUUGAUCGCUGCUUGUCAUGUUUUAGAACGUCCCUCUGUUAGUCUCCACCUCUGAACAGUGAAUGAAAUCACUUCAUGCUCGUAGCUUUAAAAAAUGAUAUAUAUAUAUAUAAACAAAUGAAGGAAAAACAUGAGUUUUAAAUAAAAAAAAGAUUAUUUCAAAGAAAGAAAAAAUUGAGGUGAGGCCGGUCUCCCUGACGACCAGACUCCUCCCACCAGGAAGUGUCUGCCGAUGAAGUCAUGAGAUUUGUCUGAAAGCUGCAGUCUGAACUGACUCGGAUGAUUUUUUCUGCUCUGUCCACUUAAACAUUGGAUCAGUAAUUAAUAAAGUAAAAAAUAUUAUUUUUCAAAUCAGUAAAUAUAGGAACUUAUAUCAGUUUUACAACUUGGUGCCAAAAUCCUCCAGGUGUAUUAAGAUCGAUGAGCAGUGCAGCGCCACCCUGUGGACGUGUGGGGAAUCACAGCCUGAGGAACCAGAAGGGAAUCGAACACACGACGACACAGAUUCACUUUCUACUCGAGUGGACGUGAGUUUUUUAAAUUCAGGGACGUGAUUGGACGCAGACGGAAGAGUGAGAUUAUCAUUUUUAAUUUUAUUCUUUUGUUCAUUGUGUACCUGUGAAUAACUCAUGUUCGUUUUGUGAACUUGUGAAGUUCUGCUGUUUGCACUGAUUCAUACGCUUCAACACUUUGUCUCCACUUCAUCACGUGUUUGUUUCCGUUAGUUGAACCACGUCGAAGCUGUUACAUGAAUCAAAGUUUUACUUUUACACAUUAACUUUACUUUCUUCCCUCCGGUUGUUGUCUUGACCACUCCUGAGCUUUGCGUUGUGUUUCGUUGUUUGUUGACACACUCACACUUUAUCACUCUAUCAUCUUUAUAUGAUCAAUAAACUCACACCACUUUCACUA